AUGACCUAUCACGUUAUUAUUUUCACAAAAGAAAAUUCAGUGGAAGCUGUUCCAUCACACUGGUUGUCAAGAGAUGGAAAAACAUGUGCUUGGCCCAAAAGGCAUUUAGAUACAACUAGGCAAAUUGAAAAAAAAACACAACCUAAUACACUUGAUUACACCUGGUUUGAAAUUCGUGUAUUAUCCAACUCUAUUUCGAGUUUAAAAGAAGCUAAAGAAAAAGCUAAAAUAGCAACUUUUACGUCUGACUUAUCUUCACUGGAAGAAGAUAAAAAAACACGGAACAUUCGACGUAAAAAAAUUGAUGAUGAUGAUGAUGAUGACGACGAUCGUGACUUCUCAUAUUCAAAAAUUAAAACUAAAAAACAUUUUAAAACAAAACAAGACAAAAUUCUAAGCCCACCAAAGUUUAUUGAAACAGGUAUUGCAGGAGAUAGUAAUGAUUCAGAUUCUGGUUCUGAUAAUAUAUUGUUUUCAAACUUUAAAAGAUCAUCCGUUGCAAAAAACAGAGCUUCAGUAUCCACAACUGCUUCCUUAACCUCACCAUCUUUAAAAUGGAACGUUGACGAUAUUGGCUUACUAAAUUCAAACAAGACUAUAAAAAAAAAGUUGGAUUUUGAGUCAAUUUCACUUCAUUCCACUUCUCCACAAAAAGAUGCAGACUUACAUCAUGACAACAUUAAUGUUGAUAAUUUUUCAAUACAUUACAAAGAUGGCAUAGAUAAUAUGAAUGGAAAUUUAAAAAAUGACUGCCCAAAAAAGUUAAAUGUUGAAGAUAAACAUUUGAACAAUUCAAUAACUCAUUUUAGUACGCCAUCAUCGUCUGUAUCAAUAUCAAAUAAUUCAACAGUUCAAACUGAAAUGCUUUGUAUUUUGAAAAACUUAACACGUACUUUGACAAAUUUGAAGUAUGAAGUGAGAACUAUGUCAACUAAAAUUGAACGAUUGGAAAAUGUUAUAACUGAUCAGCAAAAAAACCAGAACAACUCAUCUACAAAAAAUAAUUAUUAUCCUGUUGAUGAAAAUUUUUACAAAUUCCCAUUGACCAGCCUUGAUGAAUUAACCGUAUUUGAAGAAAAAAUAAUGGACAAAGAUUUUCGACAAAAAAUGAUAACAUUUUUAGUUCGGCUAGAACGUACAACAGUUUCGGAUAUGACCCGUCAAAUUAUGUCUAAAUUGUUUCACAAUAAUUUGCUGAGCAAAUUCUCAUAUAGCGGACAAAAAAAGAAGAUGAUUUUCUCUUCUCUUAACUCUUGUGCUCUUAUAUUUGAAACCAUAAGAACUGUAAAAAGUCAUCAAAAUUGUAUUGAUCAAGAGAUAUUAAAACCUAUGAAAUUUUUUAUGGCUAAUGCCAAGUUCCGAGAAGAGAAAAAGCUAAGCAAAAAUAUUAAUAUAAUUUCUUAA